AUGGCGCCAAAUGCUCUCUACUCUGUUCCCGCAUUCCGCAUCCUCACCAUACUCCUCCUUCUACUGCCCCCAAUCUCCGCCGCUCAUGACUACCACGACGCCCUCCGCAAGAGCAUUCUCUUCUUCGAGGGACAACGCUCUGGCAAACUCCCCUCCGACCAGCGCCUCCGGUGGCGCAGUGACUCUGCAUUGCACGAUGGUGCCACAGCCGGAGUGGACUUGAGCGGAGGGUACUACGACGCGGGAGACAACAUAAAAUUCGGGUUUCCGAUGGCGUUCACGACGACGAUGUUAUCGUGGAGCGUGAUAGAUUUCGAGAAGAGCUUGGGGGCAGAGCUAGGGAACGCGCUGAGGGCGGUGAGGUGGGGAACGGAUUAUCUUCUGAAAGCGACGGCGAAGGUUGGGGCGGGGGUGGUGUUCGUUCAGGUGGGUGACCCUUACUCCGACCAUAACUGCUGGGAGAGGCCCGAAGACAUGGAUACGUUGCGCACGGUUUACAAGAUCGAUGGGUCCCACCCUGGCUCUGACGUGGCAGGAGAAACUGCCGCUGCUCUUGCCGCUGCUUCCAUCGUCUUCAGAUCACGUGACCCCUCCUACUCUACACUGCUCCUCAAUCGAGCCGUUGCGGUGUUUCAGUUUGCUGACAGGCAUCGUGGUGCAUACAGUAACAGCCUGCGCCGUGCAGUGUGCCCGUUUUACUGCGACGUCAAUGGUUACCAGGACGAGCUGCUGUGGGCAGCUGCGUGGUUGCACAAGGCCUCACGUAGGCGUCAGUACAGAGAAUACAUUGUGAGGAACGAGGUGGUGUUGAGGGCCGGGGACACCAUUAAUGAGUUCGGUUGGGAUAACAAGCAUGCUGGGAUUAAUGUUCUCAUCUCCAAGGAGGUUUUAAUGGGAAGAGCAAACUAUUUUGCGUCGUUCAAACAAAACGCCGAUGGAUUUAUCUGUUCAACAUUGCCUGGAAUCUCUCACCCUCAAGUUCAAUAUUCCCCAGGUGGGCUUAUCUUCAAGGCUGGUGGAAGUAACAUGCAGCAUGUAACAUCCUUGUCUUUCUUGCUCCUUGCUUAUUCUAACUACCUAAGCCACGCCAAUAAGGCGGUGCCAUGUGGCGAGACUACUGCCACCCCUGCUUUACUCAAACACCUUGCCAAACGCCAGGUGGACUACAUUCUCGGAGAUAACCCAUUGGGAAUGUCCUACAUGGUCGGAUAUGGGGCACACUACCCGCAGAGGAUACACCACCGGGCCAGUUCUCUUCCCGCAGUGGCGGCCCACCCAGCCCACAUUGGCUGCAAAGCUGGAUCUCAAUAUUUCUUUAGCCCUAAUCCCAACCCCAAUGUGUUGGUUGGAGCCGUAGUGGGUGGGCCCACCAAUAACACAGAUUCAUUCCCAGAUUCCAGGCCCUUCUUUCAGCAAUCUGAGCCCACUACAUAUAUCAAUGCCCCUCUGGUGGGCCUCCUCGCUUUCUUUUCAACUCACUCCUGA